AAAUGGAGAUGGUGCCACCGUGAAAGGCGGUAGGGUUUCUUCCUGAUCGAGAUGGCUAUGGAAACUCGAGUGGCAGGCCGACUUGCAGCAUAUUUCCACAUUGCAGUUGACGUCCGGAGCAUUCGAUGAUCUUCGUGACGAUGUAGGAGAUGCAAGGAAGGACAUCAGAAGUUGAGCAGCCAACUUCGGUUCUGUCUGGUAGUUUUCUGAUGUCAGUUUUAUAUAUUCCGCAGAGGAGGCUUUGUGUAAGGUGGAGGUGGUGGAAUUCAGAAGCAGAUCACGCAGCAUUGUUUGUAGUUGAGGUGCUGAUGCGAGCAGCUUUUUAUUGUAGUUUCCGGUUAUGUGACCAUCAUUCAGUGCAAAACCACGUCUGGACUAUGGAUGUCGUACCUCCUGAAAUUAAAUCGCGGUUGCUUGAGUAGAACGUGUAACUUUGUCCAAGGUUUGUGAAGGCUCACUUGAUUAGAACUUGGCCUCAGAUUGUGCGCUUUUGCGGAAGACGAUAGCAAGAGAUCAAUUGCGAAGGGCAAACUCUUCAUCCAGAUCGAACGUUAGACGCAUGGUCGCCGCUCUUGAGUAUUCACGUAGUUUUGGUUUAGGGUUUCAAUGAACUGCACGCCGACAACUUCAGCAGGUUGAAUCACAGCUGCAUUCAGUCAAUAGACACUGGGAUCGACCUCUUGCAUUCACUGCUAUUCAUCAGGGGAACAAUAAAGCUACAGAGUUUAGGUUGACAGUCUUCAGUCCAGCGCACGCUCGUCGACACUGUUAUUUUUGGCGAACGGUAAUUAGUUCUUUUGCAUGAGCAGCGCAAAGCAUUUCAUAGCCUGGUGUUGCAAUCUCAUGAUCAACAUAAACAAUGUGCUUGAUUCAUGAAUUCGAGGCUUCAUCUGAGGCAUUGCACAUAAGACAUGUGGUUCAGGUUUUCUAUCAAAGGUCAAGGGAAGCUUCCUUUGCAUCAUCUGGUGUUGACGCCGAGUUCGUUAUACAUGUUUAAGCUUUACAAAUGAACAGCUACUGGACGUAACGAAAGUGACUCUGCGAAGGGAGCUCCCAUGGCCUUAGUUGUCAGAUUCUGGCUCUUUGCUAUUUAUGAAGUGCGUAUUUGCGGAAGUGAAUAGUGGUUUCCCACUGCCGCUCAUUUAAGAGGUUCUGGCGUACUGGCAGAUCAAUCGAGGGCCUUCAAAGGAACUUCUUUGGAAGUCCCUAAUAGCAUAGUGGUUUUCGUGAUUGACAGGGGAGGGUGGGCAGGGGGAUCAUUUUGUUUGAAAAGAGAUGGUUUGUUUUUUUAAAACUUGUUUUGGAGUUUUGUCAGCAAGCGACGUCGAAGGUACUGUCCAUCCUCAGAUCCAGAACCCAUCUGCGAGGUCAAUUUGUGUGCGAAGAAACUCUCAAUCUUUCAGCCUCUGGUCACACUUGCCGUCAGUCUUUUCGUAUCCACUAAGUGAUCGGCUUGCCCAUGAUUCAUCGGUUUGGAAACUAAGAUGUCCGAAGGAUAAUUUCGACGUGUCGAUGCUGUAAUGCUCUUACAGUAAAGAGGAGUUAUCGAUUUCAGGCUGCUACAAAGCAGUGCUAUUGUCCAUUUACACAGCUCAAACUCCUUUGUGUCUUCUCUAGGGCGAUCACAUCACCGCUUACUUGUUUUUAUUGCUGUAGGAAGUAUAUCUGCGUAUUUUUCCCGCGCACAGAAUCUUCCGUGACUCAUUCGACCUAAAUGAGUAGAUGCAAUGCAGCGAAGAUGAGGUAGCAUUUGCUGCGCUGUGAGUCCCCAGAAACGCAACCAUGGGAGAGGCCUUGCUCACAUCCUUUUGCAGGCCUCUAGAGUCAGGAGUCUGGGCCAACAAGUUGCCGAGUGGCUUCGGAGCUUACACGCCUUGUCUUGUAAACAGUAUUAUUAUUAACCUGUCUUCUGUUGUGCUACUCAUCUUCACGAUUCAUCGCAUUCGGGCUCUAGUCUAUGGCGUUUCUCUUGAGCGAUUCAAGGUCAGCAACCCAUGGCGCUACUGCCCCGGAUUUCUCUUGUCUUUCUUCUGUGCCGUGGCUCCAAUUACUCAAAUUAUGUUCGGAAUCUCGACUGUCAACCUGGAUGGAGAGAGUUCCAUGCCACCUUUUGAGAUUACAACCCUCACGUUGACCAGCUUAACUUGGAUCACUAUUUUGGUGAUGCUUGGUUUUGAGUUGAAAAGCUACACAAAAACCCUUGUGUGGUAUGUGCGAUUCGCAAUUUUGUAUUUGGUUGUAGCUCAAACUACAAUGCUGCAAUUUACUUUAGCACUGAAAAACUUCUAUAUGAAGACUGCACUGCAGGUUGCCAUAUGCCAGUAUGUUGCAUCCGCUCUCUUAAGUAUAUAUUACCUCUUGCACUUCCCAAAUCUGGUGCCUCAAACUGGCUACUCUCCAAUUGACGCUGAGGACUCGCAAGUGGAUGGUGGUGUGUAUGAGCCUCUUGCGGGAGAACGGGAGGUGUGUCCUGAGAGAAAGGCCAGCAUAUUCACGUUUCUUCUGUUCGGGUGGAUGUCACCUCUCAUGAAGCUGGGUUAUCAGAGACCUCUCACUGAUAAAGACGUUUGGCUGCUUGAUAGUUGGGAUAUGACUGAACAGCUCUACCGUGAUUUUCAAAAAGCAUGGGAGGAGGAACGCGCUAAACCAAAUCCUUGGUUGUUGAGAUCAUUGAAUAAGGCUUUGGGGGCACGGUUCUGGCUUGGGGGAAUAUUUAAAAUAGGAAAUGAUGCAGCUCAGUUCGUAGGUCCAGUCUUUUUAGGUUUGCUUUUGGAAUCGCUGCAGAACCGGGAACCUGUAUGGCAUGGGUAUGCCUAUGCAGCGUCGAUCUUCGUUGGUGUUUUACUGGGUGUGGUUUGUGAAGGGCAAUACUUUCAGAAUGUGAUGAGAGUUGGUAUGCGCACAAGGUCGACUUUAGUUGCAGCUGUCUUUCGUAAGUCGUUACGUUUGACACAAGCUGGUAGAAAGGGCUUCACUGCAGGGAAAAUCACAAAUUUAAUGACAACUGAUGCAGAGGCUCUACAACAAAUUUGUCAGCAACUUCAUUCUCUUUGGUCUUCUCCGUUACGAAUAAUUAUUGCGAUUUUUCUGCUAUAUAGACAGCUUGGAAUUGCAUCCAUUUUCGGCUCCCUCGUUCUUCUUGUCAUGAUUCCUCUUCAGACAUUUAUGGUUACGAAGAUGCGAAACUUGACAAAGGAAGGUCUGCAAAGGACCGACAAAAGGAUCGGGCUUAUGAAUGAAAUACUCCCUGCGAUGGAUAUUGUGAAAUGCUACGCAUGGGAGAACAGUUUCAAGACAAAGGUGCUCACAAUUCGGAAUGAUGAAAUCACCUGGUUUCGAAAGGCCCAGCUAUUGUCAGCUAUUAACACUUUCUGUCUGAAUAGUGUCCCUAUUCUUGUUACUGUCUUGGCGUUUGGAUUUUACACGUACAUUGGUGGCGUUUUAACGCCUGCGAAGGCUUUCACGUCUUUAUCCCUUUUUGCGGUUUUGCGGUUCCCUCUGUUCAUGUUUCCAACUCUCAUUACUGCCGCUGUUAAUGCAAACGUUUCUCUGAAGCGUCUCCAAGAGCUGCUUCUAGCCGAGGAAAGAGUGUUGUCUUUGAAUCCGCCACUGGAGGCAGGUCUACCAGCAAUUUCCGUAAAAAAUGGGACAUUUGCAUGGGAAAUUACCAAUGAGCAAUCAACUCUGUCGAAUAUCAACUUUGAAGUUGAAGUGGGCAGCUUAGUGGCUAUUGUGGGGAGUACCGGAGAAGGUAAAACGUCACUACUAUCAGCAGUUUUAGGUGAGAUGGCCACAAGGACUGGAAAUUUUAUUGUUCGCGGCACAGUUGCAUAUGUACCACAAGUGUCAUGGAUAUUUAAUGCAACCGUGAGGGACAACAUACUCUUCGGACUUCCUUUCGACGCUGACAAAUACAACCGGGCUAUUCGUGUCGCUGGUCUUCAACGCGAUCUUUCUUUGUUGCCAGGAGGGGAUCAUACAGAAAUUGGUGAAAGAGGGGUUAAUAUUAGUGGUGGACAGAAACAGCGGGUUUCUAUAGCGAGAGCAGUGUAUGCUGAUGCGGAUGUAUACCUUUUUGAUGAUCCAUUAAGCGCUUUGGAUGCUCACGUUGCGAGACAAGUUUUUGAUACAUGCCUCAAGGAUGAACUUCGGAAUAAGACGCGAGUGCUGGUUACUAAUCAGCUUCAUUUCCUGUCACGGGUGGAUAAAAUCAUAUUAAUUCAUCAAGGUGAAAUCAAAGAACAGGGAUCAUUUGAAUCGAUGAUGGCCAACGGGCCGCUCUUUAAUCAGCUGAUGGAGAAAGCGGGGAGCUUGGAAGACUCGAUUGACGAUGAGAGCGGCGAAGAGGAAUACAGUGGAGAAAUGAAUGGAGGUCCUAAGGCGCACGAAGGUCCAGCGUUGAAGCGUCGGUCAAGCUCGGCGAAUGACCGCAAAAAUGCUGACAAAGAGAUAAAGCAGAAGUCUGUUCUCAUCAAAACUGAAGAGCGUGAAACAGGAGUCAUUUCAUGGAAGGUUCUUUCACGUUACAAAGCGGCCAUGGGGGGCGCAUGGGUGGUGGGCUUGCUCUUUCUUUGCUAUUUAGCGACUGAAACCUUCCGACUUAGCACAAGUGGGUGGCUAUCUAUUUGGACAGAUUCUACCACACCGAAAAUUCAUGGGCCCAUGUUUUAUCUUCAAGUUUACUCUGGUCUCUCCUUUGGUCAGGUAUGCAUUACUCUAGGAAAUUCCUUCUGGCUGGUGUUCUCGAGUCUUUCAGCUGCACAACGUUUACACAAUGGCAUGUUAGGCUCCAUGCUUAGAGCCCCAAUGUCCUUCUUCCAUGCCAAUCCUGUGGGUCGAAUAAUUAACAGGUUUUCUAAAGACACAGGAGACAUUGAUCGUAACGUUGCUAUGUUCGCAAACAUGUUCUUGACUUCCUGGUUCUCACUUAUCUCUACAUUUUUCCUGAUUGGAUAUGUAAACACCAUAUCUCUUUGGGCAAUACUACCCUUGCUGCUAGCCUUCUACUCGGCUUAUUUGUAUUUUCAAGCUACAGCACGAGAAGUGAAACGUAUGGACUCCAUCACUCGGUCGCCAGUAUAUGCCCAGUUUGGUGAGGCACUGAAUGGUCUAUCAACCAUCAGGGCAUACAAAGCUUAUGAUCGUAUGGCUAGAAUGAAUGGCCAGGCCAUGGACACAAACGCUAGAUUCACAGUUGUCACAAUGAGCUCGAACCGGUGGCUUGGUGUGAGGCUGGAGUUUCUUGGAGGUCUCAUGAUAUGGUUGACAGGCAGUCUGGCUGUUUUUGGAAAUGCGAGGGCGAGAGAUCCUGCUGCUUUUGCUCCUCUAAUGGGUCUUCUACUAUCUUACGCUUUGAACAUUACUAAUCUGAUGACUGCAGUUUUAAGAUUAGCGAGUCUUGCAGAAAACAGCUUCAAUGCAGUAGAAAGAGUUGGGAACUAUAUUGACGUACAGCAGGAAGCUCCACUAGUGAUCGAAAAUCACAGACCACCUCCUGGAUGGCCAUCUGCGGGCAAAGUUGAGUUCAAGAAUGUUGUAAUGCGUUAUCGUCCCAAUUUGCCGCCUGUAUUACAUGGUGUUUCAGUUGAGAUUCGUCCAAUGGAGAAAGUCGGUGUUGUUGGUCGAACUGGGGCCGGAAAAUCUAGCAUGUUCAAUACGCUAUUCCGUGUUGUUGAACCUGAGAGUGGUCAGAUCCUGAUCGAUGGUAUUGAUAUUCGCACACUAGGCCUGGCCGAUUUACGCAAGAACCUUGGCAUCAUUCCCCAGGCUCCUGUUCUCUUUUCUGGUUCAAUCCGCUUCAAUUUGGACCCUUUCAAUGAACACUCCGAUGCAGAUUUGUGGGAAUCCCUUGAGAGAGCUCAUUUGAAGGAUGUCGUGCGAAGAAAUACUCUUGGACUAGAAGCUGAGGUCUCGGAAGGUGGUGAGAAUUUCAGUGUUGGACAAAGGCAAUUGCUAAGCCUUGCCCGGGCGCUCCUUCGGAGAGCAAAAAUACUGGUUCUUGAUGAGGCUACUGCCGCAGUUGACGUUGGAACUGAUGCUCUUAUCCAGAAGACGAUUCGUGAGGAGUUUAAAUCUUGCACUAUGCUCAUCAUUGCACAUCGUUUGAAUACAAUCAUCGAUAGUGAUCGGAUUUUGGUCCUUGAUGCUGGACGAGUGGUUGAAAUGGGCACUCCUCAGAAAUUGAUAACGAAGGAAGGCAGCAUGUUUGCAGGUAUGGUACGGAGCACUGGAGCUGCUAAUGCAAGGUAUUUGCAAAGAAUAGCAAGAGGAGAUGUUGACAGGAUGGCAGAGAUUGAGAAGGAUGCUACCACUCAGAAGGUAAAGUGGGAGGCCACUUCGAGAUGGGCAAGAGCUGCUCAAUGGGCCCUAGCCAUGAGUCUCACAACUUACCAAAAUGACUUGAGCUCCGCUUGUGUAGAUGGGGAGGAAACAAUUCUAGAGGUUACACGAGACGCUACUAGAACCUUACAUCAGGUCUUGGUUGGUCAGCAUGACACAAGCAUUCGGGAGGCACUACUUCAACGCCAAGCAACAGAAGAGGGUUGGUGGUCUGCUCUAACUCGUGUCCUGGAAGGUUUUGCUUUAAUGGGAAGAGAAGCCCGGAACCGCAUCUCACACAACCAGGACCGUGAGGCUUUUGAUUGGAGCCUAGUGUCACUUACUGGCAACUCAGUAUUGUAGAAACUUCAACAUAAAUCCGGUCCGCACUUUGCGUCUGUUUUGCUCGUUGCAUAGAGCCGUACUACGGUAUACAAAAUUCUUUGGAAUUUUGUUCAUCAAUGAUAAGAAAAAUUCAAGCUGAUACGCUAUUUUAAAGUACAAUCGCCUGUGUACUUAAAAAUAGCGUAUCCUAGCUUCCUUUUCGUUUAGAAGCUUAGAUGGCUACCUUGUCUUCAGAGCAUCAGUACACUGGCAAAGACGGAUCAGCUGAAGGUUAGUGUAGAAUACAAUUUUAUUAUUCUCAAAUAUUAAACCCAAGUCUCCCUGAAGGCGGUUAUUGGCUCCCUUUUUAUUUUUUGUAGGUGGAGUGUUGGCAUUGUCCUAAUACCUCACUAAACCAUAUUACCCCAAACACUCAAACGAUUUCUUAAAUGGUUCACCUUGGUUUCAUUUA